GAGUUUAACGCCAAAACGACGUCUUUUCACUCUUUUGGUCUUCUUCUUGCUCAAGCAUCAGCUUGUUGACCAUUUUUGCACGGAGAGCUCUUGUAGAAAAAUUGAAAAUUGGCGCAGUUGCCCACCUCAAAUCCGCCCCCUGUGAUUAUUGGUGAAUUGUGCCCGAAAGUUAGAAUCUUUGCCACAAAGAUUUGAUUUUUGUAGUUGGGGCAGAUGAUCAUGGAGAGAAGAAGGAGAUGGUUGCUGUUGUUGGCACUACUUACUUGCCUCUUUGCUUCUUCUGCUGGGAGAGAAUGGAAGUUCAAGCACAAGGUUCAUAGCCAGAGCCCUGUCUACAAUCAUACGCUUGCCACAAUAUUGGUUCGCUAUGCCUCUACAGUGUAUUUGUCAGAUUUGACAGAGCUGUUUUCUUGGACAUGCGACAGAUGUGAUGGCUUGAUUAAGGAUUUUCAAAUGAUAGAGAUAAUUGUGGACGUCCAGCAUUGCUUACAGGCAUUUGUUGGGGUGGCAACAGAUCCAAAUGCUAUUAUAAUUGCAUUUAAAGGGACUCAGGGAAACAGUAUACAGAAUUGGAUCGAAGACUUAUUUUGGAAACAACUUGAUAUAGAUUACCCUGGCAUGCCUGAUGCAAUGGUGCACCAUGGUUUUUAUAAUGCUUACCACAACACAACCAUACGACCUGGAAUUCUAAAUGCUGUUGCAAGAGCCAAAGAGUUUUAUGGAGAUAUUGGCAUCAUAGUGACAGGGCAUUCAAUGGGAGGGGCAAUGGCUUCAUUUUGUGCUCUUGAUUUAAGGGUUAAUCAAAAGGAGAAUAAUGUUCAAGUUAUGACAUUUGGACAACCUCGAAUCGGUAAUGCAAUUUUUGCUACUUACUAUAGCGAAAUUCUGCCACAGACUAUACGAGUAACAAAUGGAAAUGAUGUUGUGCCUCAUAUGCCUCCAUACUACACUUAUUUUCCUCAGAAGACAUACCACCACUUCCCAACAGAGGUGUGGCUUUAUAACAUUGGAUUGCGAAGUCUUGUUUAUCAGGUUGAGAAAAUAUGUGAUGCCUCUGGUGAGGACCCAACCUGCAGCAGGUCAGUGAUAGGGGACAGCAUUUCAGACCAUUUAGUUUAUUAUGGUGUCAAAUUAAUGGAUGAGACAUGGAGACCGUGCAAAAUUGUGACGGGUCCUGGUUUACUGGAUCAUGGAAGAUCAGAUCUGGAAGGAAACUUUGUUCUGUCCAGAGAUGUUGCAACUCCUGUUCUCAAAUUGAAAAUACAAUCAGAUGCUGGGGGAAAGCCUCUAUAGACUGUCAGCUGUGAUUCCCCUUGGCAUGAAUGAGAGAGAGAUUGUUUCUGGGGUCAUGUCCUGAAAAAGCUGUUUCAGAUUUAUGCGUACUGCCUAUCCAUUUUGGAAAAACUUUAGCUGAUGAAGAUGAGGGCUGGUGCUGCAAAUGAUGCUAGUGUAUAGAUUAAUCUGUAUGUGUACAUAAUCAUUCUUUGGAAUAUCAAUGCUGACUUUGUGUUUACUUGUGUACAAGUACCUGAUACUUCAGAAUUUCUUGAUACUGUUACUGUCCACUAUGAUUAAAAGGAUCCACCAUUCACCAUUGACUCUGAGAGUGUCUGUUUUUCAUACAUUGUAUCUUUUCUAUAGUAAUAGAGACGGCCACAAUGCUAUACUUAAA